AUGGCUGAUCCACAAGGGUCGGAUACCAAGACCUUGGUCGUUCGCGGUUAUCUGUACUUUGUGCACAGACCUGUCCGAUUGUUAUUAGCAUUUAUGAACACGCCCCACCUUAUUGUGACGACUUGGGUUGGCGCUUACCACUCGACAAGAGCAAUUACUCCGGGAGAGGCCAAAUGGCCUGUUGGCACUGGGAAAAAUGACGCCUGGCUCGCGAGUGCAUGUUUAUGGCGUGAACAGCUACUCAUGGCUGGCCGAAUUGCUGGGCCUGUUUGA